AUGUCUCACUCGUCGUAUAUGUCCUCUUCAGCGUCGGAUCUCGAGGAUGAGAUACAAUCAUAUCUCACUAGUCUCAGCCCGGACCCUGACAUGCCGAUCUGUUUCACGUGCUGUGACGUCAUCACCGACCAAUACUAUCUACGUGCUGGGAAUCACGUGUGGCACGAGAACUGUCUGAGUUGCUGUGUGUGUCAGGUGACACUUGGUGGACAUUCAACAUGCUUCGUCAGGGACGAAAACAUAUUCUGUCAGAGAGUCUUCGCCAAAGUUUACCAGACAAAGUGUAGUUCCUGUUUACGACCCAUCGAGUCUGGAGACUGGGUGAGAUCGGCCGGUGAGAACAUGUACCACCUUGCCUGUUUCUCGUGCAGCACGUGCCAAAGACAAUUGUCCACAGGAGAAGACUUUGCCAUCCACGACGGCCGCAUUCUUUGUCGAGUCCACGUCCUCAACCCCGACGACGAGAACGUCACCUGCCGACCAAUGUCCAAGAGAUUCCGAACAGCCUUCACUGAGGACCAGGUCGCCACUCUACAACGCCACUUCGAGAUCGACCCCAACCCAAAUAGCCUUCACCUUGAUCAGGUUGCCAUGGACGCAGGACUGUCGAAGAAGGUGACAAAAGUCUGGUUUCAAAAUGCUCGAGCGAAAUUGAGGAAAUCCAAACACUAA